AUGAUCAUGCUGCUCUUUCUGCUGCUGUUCAGACUCAUCCCAGCCAACUGUCUGGACUCUGUUCAGGGGCGCAUUGUUGGCGGAUAUACCCCGUCGCCAAAUUCAAUCAAAUACAUCGUGUCGAUACAGAGCUCGAAGGGCCAGCACUUCUGUGGCGGAUGUCUGGUCCACAAGUCCUGGGUGCUUACAGCCGCCCAUUGCAAUAUUGGGAUGGAUCAGAUGAUGUUAGUGGCUGGAGACUAUACUUUAGGUGUUUUUGAGGGGACAGAGCAGUACUCCAAGCCUCUGUCGCUUGUCCCGCACCCUCAGUACAACAGGAGCACCAAUAAUGCAGAUAUCAUGCUCAUAAAGCUCAGUGCGCCCAUAGAGCUCAACAGGUAUGUGUCCCUCGCCCCGCUCCCCAAACAGAACACAGGGCUGCUGGCGGGCAGGGUGUGCCGGGUUUCUGGGUGGGGCUCCACCAGCCACAGCGGAGGUCUGACGCCCCUCACCCUGCGUACGGUCAAACUCCCCAUCGUCUCCACCUCCAGAUGCAACAGCAGUAACUCCUUCAGCGGAAACAUCACAACAAACAUGAUAUGCGCGGGGUCCAGCACGGGAGGAAAAGACGCGUGUAAGGGGGACUCUGGAGGGCCGCUGGUGUGUGAUGGACGUGUUUACGGCCUGGUCUCUUGGGGAAAUGGCUGUGGGGAUCCUAGGUUUCCAGGGGUUUAUACGGCCGUGUCCAGGUUCCGCAGGUGGAUUGACCAGACCAUCUACAGCACAUUUUCUAGAUGCCUUAAGUCAGCUGGUCUUUUCAGCAGGGAAGACUAAACUUCAAUGCUUGCUUUCAUAUAAUGUACAAACACAAAAAUCAGUUUCCAAAAAAUGAUUAAGUAUUAAUUAAACUGUCGAUUAAUCAACACUGAUCAGCAUAUUAGAAUGAUUUCUGAAGGAUCAUGUGACACUGGAGACUUGGAGUAAUGAUGCAGGAAAUUCAUCUUGGCUGCACAGGAAUAAAUUACAUUUUUAAAUAUAUUACAAGAGAAAACAUCAUCUCUGAUUGCAAUAUUAUUGCACAGCAAUCAAAGGAAUGCAGCCUUGGUAAGCUUAAGAGACUUCUUUAAAAAAAAAAUUCAACAAUAACGACCCAAGAAGUUGAAGAAACAUCCAUAAAGGAAAGCAAAUUAAUCAAAAUCUUUUGUCAAGCCUCUUACAACUACAAUGCAGUUAACUCUAAAAUAACGUUAUUAAUAUGCAUGAUAAAUGCACACAAAUGUCUGAAAGUGAUGUUGUGAAGACUGAUCAGUACAUGUUUUAAUAUCAGUUUGUGCAUAUAGUUGUAGUAAUAAACAGUCUCCCUUUCUUAAGGAUAUUAAAUGGAAAUCAAUGGCUGAAAAUUUGCCUUUGUUUAGUUCAGUUGAGGUGUCUGGGAAGCCGUAAAAAGAUUUGAUGU